AUUUGCGGCUACGAAGCGAAUGUUUAUUUUUACUGCUUCAGUUUGUUGACUGAGCAAUGCGUCGUACAGCAAUCAUUUUAGUUACGAUGUACUCGUAGUUAUUGAUUCAUAAUGUGUUGAGUUUGUGUUUGAGCAAAUUAUUGUACAUAUGCCGUGUAUCCGUAAAUUGGCUGCGCUUGAUCGUUUAACAUGCAGACACCGAGGAUGGUGAGAGACGUGCAGAGAGUUGGUGUUGCACGUUGUUUGGUCCAGAGCGUUCAUUUUCGAAUUGUGCGUAGUACAAGCUGAGAUAUUUAUGAGUGGUACGAGUGGUUUAGCGGGUUUGAAGAUAUUCGGCAGCAAAAGCCGCAUUCAUAAUAUGCUGUAUCGCUAAUUAUAUCAUCGUCUUGCGAAGCAACAAAGUGUCAAUUAAAAGCGAGCUGUUGUGUAGUAUUCGCCGCUUCGCUAUUUGGGAAAACGAAAAUCAUCAGAACAAUUAGUGAAAUCGUCAAGUCCACCAUCAGCACCACCUGUCAAACCAAAACCGUGUACACACAAGAUCAGAUUGUGUGAUCGUGGUGUGUGAUCUUGUGCUCCAAAAUAGCUGAGAACCCCCAAGAAGAAGUGUGUUUUGAAAGUACAGUGUGAUGCAGUUCGAUAAAAAAGCUACCGCCAACAUUCCAAGUGUGCGUUGUGUAGCAGCGAAUGGUGCGACAAAAAGCGCGUAGAAGGAAAGAGGAAAGGGGUAGAGCGCUGGAAGGGAGAGAGUCCCCUUGUGUGUCACUUGCAGCUUGCAAGGGCGCCUGAGUGUGUAGUGUAAAGCCAACCACCGUGUGGCAGGCGAGUGAAAAAUGGAAAAAUAGUUAUCUGGAGUUUCGUUGGCAUCGGGCUUUGUGAGAGUGUGUGUAUGAGUGUGAGUGUGUGGGAGAGUCUGUUUAUUCGUGUGCCGUUGGCAGCGAUGGCACAGUGAGCGCAGUGGAAAGUUAGAGAAUGUUAUGGGGCAAGGAAAAGCGCAUAGAAACCUUCCUCCUUCUCCCCCGUCGUCCCGCAUUUAGUGUGUAGUGUUAGCAAAAGUGAAAUUGAAGCAAGUGCUGUUAUCGAACAGCGCGCCGCCAGAAUAAAGCAAGCGCGACGAUACUGUGUGUGUGUGUGUUCAGUGAACGUGGCAAGCACCCUCACCCCUUCAUCCGGCACGAUGGCAGGAAAUAUCGUCAAAUGGUGGAAGCACAAGAUACUGGGCGGCUACAAACAGUUCACAGUGCUACAAGAAUGCGCCACCGACUCGGAAGAGCUGAUCUAUCCCGGCCGGGCGCCUUCAGCCUGCAGUGCACCACCCGACCUACUGCUAACUAGUGAUCGCGAGCAAAUGCUUAAAGUGAAAUCAUCCGCAAGCACCGGUUCUGGCACUGGCCAGACGAAAACAUCCUUCCAGCAUAGUCACCACCAUCAUCAUCACGGACAUCAUCAUCAGUCACCGUCUUCGAAUGGACAUAAUCAUUCGGGCACGUCCCACCAGCAGCAGCAGCAGCAGCAGCACCACCAUCACAAAUCACAGAAAGAUGCCUUCCGGAAGUGCACCAACGGGAAGGCGGGAGGCGGCAAUGCAGCGGCCGGUGGGGCGUCCGGUGCUGGAGCUACUAACACAAUCAACACCACCGCCGCCACUAUUCGAAGUGAUCCAGAUCGGGUGCGAUUAGAGGAAUUCACUUGCGAUGUGUCUCUGGAGGAUGGUAAAAAGCCACAACCGCUACAGUUUUCCUUCACCUUGUACGAUCUGGAUGGUCAUGGCAAAAUAACCAAAGAUGAUAUUGCCGGAAUAGUGUCGACAAUUUACGAAUCUAUAGGCAAAUCGGUAGUAGUUCCUCACUAUGGUAGCAAAACCAUUAAUGUCAGGCUGACCGUAUCUCCGGACGGCAAAACAGCCACCACGAAACCGGCAUCGGCUGCAGUAAAGAAGGCCAUAAUCACGCCCCGUCGUCGGUAUCGCUCGCGGAAGCUUAUCUCCGAUGAUGAUGGUAGCGACACGUCGGAAAAUUGUCCCCGGCUGCUUCGCAAUCGAACGGCAGCCACAGCUGUUACUAACAAUGGCGAAACGGCAAACAAUAAUCAGGCUGCCCUGCAGAACCAACAACAACAGCAGCAGCAGCAGCAUCACCACCAUCAUCACCAUCAUUCGAACGGUAGUUCGGGGAAGUUGAAGGAAUCGAAUCUGUCGAAGGCAACCGCAUUAGCAGGAGAUAAUCAAGUGAAUCGCUCGAUAGGGCUGAGCAAUAGCUCCGAGGGAUCGUCGGCGGUCGGACAGCUGCUGGUUGAAGCGUAUCAUAAAAAUAAUCUAAGUCCUGGUGCAGCUAAUGCAGGCGCGGGCAAGGGUGUCCUCAACAAUGCUCCCAACGCAACCAAGAGCAAGGCAAAUGAGAAUGUGUACGAAAGCAUUAACAAUCUCAAGUGCUGUAACCUUCAACAGCAGCAACAGCAACAUACGGCAUCUAAUAAUACAAGCCUUCAAACUACCGCUUCCUCGCUUCCUGUAACAGCAACUGGAUUGAAUCAAUCAACCACAUCGACGGCAGCGCUGAUUUGUCACGAUUGUGUCGAUGGUGGAGCUCCAACGACGACUCUGCUGCCACCGUUGUCCGCCUUGGAAACGGUCGUCAUUCCAGCGCCGUCCGCAGGAGUUGCUGGGCGUGCCAAACGUAAACUAGUUCGCAAGACACGUGCCUCACGCAAGACGGCAAUCGCAGCAAAAAUGAUGUCCGAAGACUUUGCCAGACGGCCAAGAGCGCGUAGCCUAUCGGUGGGGAACGAAAAUUGCUACGAGAAUGUAAUAGGCCGUAUGGCGGCCGCACAAGAGGAGUGCUGGAAGAGCUCACUGUGUCGGCGGGAGCUGAUCGAGAUCAUACGCGAAAGUAUGGUGAAGAAUAGUCUCUGUUUUCAACCAAAUCGGAAAGCGAAUGAUAGUUCACCGAAGCAUCGCCACCGAUCGCACACGAUCGCUUCUCGCGUUGGGGAUCAGGUGUUCUUCAACUAUCAUCAUCCGACCGCUGCAGCGCUGAUGGCGGCCAAUACUGGUGCUACCAUGGCAGCCGAUCUGGGCGGAGCGCAAGCCACCGCAACGACGACGACGACGACCGCCCUAGUCGCGAUGGCCGGGCACGAGGCAAACCUAUGCGGGUAUGAUUCGUACCUUCACAAAACAAUUUGCGCUGCCGCAGCUAAUGGUGGUGUUGGUGCUGCCACGGCCAUGCAUCUAACGACAGCACACGCAGCUUCAGCAACGGCCGCUAUAAAUGGCGGGGUUCAAGCUCUUGCCACCAGCACCCCUAACCGCUUGCUGCAGCAUCAUUUCCAUCACUCGAAGUUGAAAAGUCGGAAGGAACACCAUCGCUUGGCGGCAGCUGUGGGUGCAACUCGGUCGACCCAGCCGACGCCGGUAAAGCUCAGCACGGCCCUACUCAACCAGCAGUACCCGAAUCUCUCGGCCGAGCAGAAACUAACUCGCUCCAUCAAUCAGGUCGAGCAGUGGCUUGAUCACCGUAGUCCCAAACUCGUACCCAAGGUCAAACUAGCGGACGAUAUGCAGCUCCAGCGAGCGGUCGUCAGCCGGCCGUUAAAGCGUUCCAAGAGCAAGGAAGAACUGACGCCGAGCAAUCUUUUGUUGCUGGAAAAUCUGAAGAUCAGCGAGGACAUUGCGGAAAUAGCGGUGGUGACACCGAAGAAAGUAUACAACAAAGAAUCGUUGAUCGCUUCCGCCACCAAGAAGAAUAUUAAAACGCACCACCAGCAUCAGCACAGUCCUUCGCGUCAACCGACAGCAGUGCCAACUGUUGCGAUUGGCACUGAGAAGCCUUCAGCUCCGUUGACGGUGGUAAACAAACAAUCCAUUCCUGUCGGUGAUGCUCAGCUAGUUCAGCUCCAGUACGGGUCCGUGCCAAUCAAUGCCGAUCCGAGCGAAUGCGAAAAUCUAAUCCGCAUGUCGGACGAUGGUGAGGAUGUUGAGCAGCAACAGCAGCACCAGCAGCAACAACAGGCAGCGCCAAUGGCAGCAACCAAGCAUAGUUAUCGUCACCAUCAACCGCAGUCCCGUUCGCAGCCGCAAUCGCCACAGCAUCAUCAGCAUCAUCAUCAGCAAGAGCCACGAUACUGUGGCAGCGGUAGAGCACAUUCCGUCUCGUCUGCAUCGGCCGCUUCGACGACUGCCGUUCACCGGUACGUGCACGAGCACAUCCACCAUCACUAUCACCAUUUCGAAAAUGAUCCGGACGAAUCCUGAUGCUGGUGGUACGAUCGUCUGCAGCUGGAACCGCCGCCUCGUUCAACGCCGGCAGCUACGGCCGAACUGGAACAGGUGGCCGGUCCCUGGCUGGCACUGAAAGAACCGCCACCCCCUUCGUGAUCGAUGCUUACUACCACCGUUAUAGCCACUGUAGGCCAACGUCGUCAUUCGCCCGUGGGCUGGUUUUGUUGCUUCUAGCUUCGCGGAUUGUUCUCUCAAGCAUUCAACCAUGUUCUCAUUCCCAACCUACUAUAUCUCUCUUUUGUGUACUUAUGAAUCUCAUGGUGAGUCAGGAAAAAGUCUUAAGCGUGUGAAAAGCGUGCCCAUUACUGCCAGAACAAGAAAUAGUGUUAAGCAAGUGUUCCGCUAGUUACUCUCACUGAUCACGAUGUACAUAUGCAUUAUAGAACACUCUAGUUGUGAGCGCAAGCGCUACCCUUUCUGUUGCGAUUGUAUAUACUAUAUUUUCCCAACUUGUAUACGUAGUUUAGUAUCCCGUGGGUGCAGAGUUUAUUUUUUGCAGCAGCGUAAUGGUUAGGGUUGUUAUUAAUUACAGAGCUUUUUGGGGGGAAAUGUUCACCCAAUUGUAAAUGUACCGAACGUCGUCACAUCCGGGGAAAGAAUAGGGCUUCUAACGUGUUAUGUCAAUGGGUAUGGGUAAAUGUUGCCCGCGAGGCAACACUGACAAACAGCUUCGAGAACUAGGAAUUCAUUGCGUGUGUGUAUGUGUGUGAGGGGAAACAUAAGUAUUAAGCUAUUAGCUCAUAAGUAACAUAAGUAAGUUACUAUUUAUUUUCUUAGUUGGAACCAAAUCAUCGAAACCUAGGUAGAAGAAGAAGCAGCUGGGGGAAAUGAACGGAAAGGAGAAACAAACAAAACACCUUACAAUGCUUUACAUUGAUUGAUAUGAAAUCGUUUUUAAACACAAAAAAGGAAAACACUCUAAUAUCAACAUACCUUCAUAUGAUAAUGGACACUAUCACUCUAUGCAUGUACCGUAAUUUCUCAUAUUUUGCAGAUUUUCUCGUCCGUGUUUCAGUUGCCAUUUUUUGUUUCGUUCUAUUAAUAUUGAUGUUUUUCUUCAAUGUUUUCUCAUCUAUCAUUUUAUCGGUUUCAUUUGUCAAAACUACUUUACCUUUCUAACGUUGUUCUACCUUUGAGUAAAGGUGUUGAUAAAUAAUGCAAACAGAAUUCAAUUGUUGGAACAAUCUGCUAAAUGUGAACACGUGACGAAAAAAAAAAGAAGACGAAACUUACAAGACUGAUUUCAUGUUAUUAAAUCGUAUUAAUGAUUUUUUGUGUGUGUAUCUCGAUAUGUUUGUUUAAAACUUUAUCUCUUUUUGUUCUUAAAACUGUUAUGCACAUAAAGAAUAGUCCGCUUAUGAAAAUUGAUAGAAGAAAAAGAAGUGCGAAGGAAAGCGAUACGUACUUUUGGGGAGGAAAAGUUACACUGCAACGGCUUUUUACUAAAAUUAUUUCAUUGCCAUUUUUGCUAAUAUUCCCGACGGUUGGUUACCAACGAAACAUGUUUUUUUUUAAUUUAGAUUGUGUUAAAAUUACUGUACUGGCACAUAAUUAAGGUUGAAACGAAAUUUUAUUAAGGCGCAA